AUGCUGAGAUUAUGUAGAAGACUAUCAUACCGUUAUCAAGAAUUCGAAAUGUCGAAGGGAGCCAAGUAUCCAUUUAACUACGCACGUGAAGCACCUAAUACUUCUGUUUUCCCCCAGUACCAGAUGAAUUUCUGGAUGUUCUGGGGUUGGGGGCGUCAGGAACUAUGGAUUGACCGCGACACCCGGAAGUAUGAAACCACUUGGGAGAUGCUUCGUCGACUCCUCAUGUGGUUUUUCCCCUGUUACUUUAUAUUUCCAUUUGGUAUACCAAAGUGGGUAGCUGCGAAUUACUAUGGCGAGUAUGGAGAAAAGCCCUUUUUGGACUAUACAAUGCACUAUCCAAUGGAUAAUCAUUAUAUUGAGUGGGGUGGCAGCGUAUUGGACGCGGAGUGGCUGCGACACAUUCACACAAAGGAGUCGUACUGA